GCCAAACACUUCCUCAGGCCGGCUUCCCACUGGGACAAAGGUCUUACUUUUAUAGCAUCGCGCAGCCCCGGAGUGUCGGAUGAGAGGGCUGCAGGCAUGAUGACUGUUUCCAGCAAGCUGCGCAGCCUGCUGAUGCAGCAGCUGAGAGGUACUACCCAGCUGUACGGCAAUGUCAGCCUCCGCUGUCUGAGCGCUUCUGCACAAGAGGCCUUCAAACGAGCCCCCGAGGGAUCUUCAGACCACAAUUAUGAGUCGAUUCAGGUGACAUCGUCCCAGAAGCAUGUUCUCCACGUGCAGCUAAGCCGGCCAGAGAAGAGGAAUGCCAUGAACAGGGCUUUCUGGAGGGAGUUGGUGGAAUGCUUCCAGAAGAUAUCAGAAGACUCCGACUGUCGGGCUGUUGUAAUCUCUGGUGCAGGAAAGAUGUUCACUUCAGGUAUUGAUAUCGUGGACAUGGCAAGCCUCCUGCAGCCUCCGGGAGAUGAUGUGGCCCGCAUGGCCUGGCACCUCCGUGACCUCAUCAGCAAAUAUCAGAAGACCUUCACUGUCAUUGAGAAGUGCCCCAAGCCAGUGAUUGCUGCCAUUCAUGGAGGCUGCAUUGGUGCAGGUGUGGACCUCAUCUCUGCCUGUGACAUUCGCUACUGUGCCCAGGAUGCUUUCUUCCAGGUCAAGGAGGUAGAUAUCGGUCUGGCUGCCGAUGUGGGAACCCUGCAGCGGCUGCCCAAGGUCAUCGGGAACCAGAGCCUGGUCAAUGAGCUGACCUUCACCGCCCGGAAGAUGAUGGCUGACGAGGCCCUGGACAGUGGGCUGGUCAGCCGCGUGUUCCCCGAUAAGGACGCCAUGUUGAAUGCAGCCUUUGCCCUGGCAGCCGAGAUUUCCAGCAAGAGCCCCGUGGCUGUGCAGGGGUCAAAAAUCAACCUACUCUACUCCCGAGACCAUUCUGUGGAUGAGAGCCUUGACUACAUGGCCACCUGGAACAUGAGCAUGCUGCAGACCCAGGACAUCAUCAAGUCAGUCCAGGCAGCCAUGGAGAGGAAGGACACAAAAAGUGUCACCUUCUCCAAGCUCUGAGCGCCUUCCUGACCCUGAGAGAAGAAGGCUCCAUGGAGAGUCGGGAUGGUCCCCUCAGUGCCUUCCUCCACGUGGUCUCCCAAGGUAGAACUUUAUGACUUAGUUUUUCAGUCCCAGGGCCUUAUCUUCACUGCGAACAAUAAAAUUUAAACACA